AUGCGUUCCCACUCGGAUAAACUAAACCCUCGUGAGAUCGGUCACCUGGACCACAUCUCCAAAUUCACCAACGACAUCCGCCACAUUGAUGGCACAAAGAAUGAGGUGGCUGACGCACUGUCCAGGCCCUCUAUCGCUCACCUCCAACUUUCAUCUGGGAUCGACCUCAAUGAGAUGGCUGCUGAACAACGCCGUGUCGGUUCACCCUGUGAUGAGGAUGUUUCCGGACUCCAACUUCAGAAAGUACCAAUGAAAACUGGAUACGACAUCUUUUUAUGCGACGUAUCCACCCCUUCUCAUAGUUCAUUUGUGCCACCAUCCGUCCGCCGCAAAGUUAUCUCCUCCCUGCACAAUCUCUCUCACACUGGGAGUCGAGCAACCGACAGGCUGGUUUCCGACCGCUUCGUCUGGUCUGGAAUGCACAAAGACCUGUAAGCAUGGAUACCCCUGGAACCACCCUACGUCGGUCCCUUGCGAGUUAUCUCUCGUGGGACGAAGAACUUCCGCAUCCAACGCGGAACUCGCGAGGAGGUCGUGAGCGUGGACCAUCUCAAAGCUGCCGUCCCGGACACUCCUCCGGAUGAGCCCUGUGUUUCCCUACCCCCUCCUCCACCCCCCUCGACCCUUUUUCCCUCCGUCCCGUCUACUCCCUCUGCCCUCAUAUCCACAACCCCCAACUGCAAUUACUCUUUAAUCAACCAACAGCAAUGUAUCCACGAGCUAUACUCACUCUACCCCCGUGCCCCCUGUAUAUAUCACCCGUAGUGGACGGCAUGUUCAUUUUCCUGACCGUUUGAUUACUCAUGUUUUGUAGACAUCAACAGAUCCUUCAGCGUCGCUACUCGCCACCUUCGGUCCAACCGGGUGAUACUGUGGCAGUUCGCGUCUCCUUACCCUCCGCCUUUGUCACGCUGCUUUACUGUCCGCCUCACCCUCCUUGUCGAUACGCCGUUGGGAGGCGCGGGGCUUGUCAAUAA